AUGUCCAUUCACACCCUAGAUAUCUCACACGGAGAAUUUAGAGAUCACUUUGUGACCUUGUGGUCGCGGUUCCAAAUGUUGUAUGCACGGACACCUGACAGCUGGUCUAUUCAGAUUUCGAGCCUCGGUCUACACAGCAAGGCCCUUGAUCUGGCGCUUAUAUCCCUUGCUGCUAUGAGACUGUCAUUGAGCGGCGAAAAGGAAAGAUAUGAAGUGCUCAGUCUAUCCGCCUACAACGAGAGUCUCCAGCUAUUUCGGCGGUUGCUGCAGAACGAUAGCCAAAAAGCCCUCUUGGUUGUGAUAUCACUAAUCUUCUCUCUGUUUGAAGCAACGCAACUGUGCCCAGCGCUGAUCUACCAAUCUGGAUGGUCUAGCCAUUUGGAGGGUGCUAUCAGCCUUCUGAAACGCCAAGGGCCCCAAGCUUUUCAGGCCGGUGGAUUCCAUGUGGCCUUCAAAAAGCUAAGGGAGAUGGCUCCUUUUGUUCUCAAGAUCGAUCCUUUCUUGCGCAGCCGGAAUGGAUGA